GUUUCGAUCCCCAACCCGCCUCCGUUCCCCGCACCUACAAGCCGACGCGACGCGACGCGACGCGCCUCCGCCCUAGACCCCGCGCAAACCCUAGCCGCCCCGCCCUCCCCGUCGCCGCGCGCGCCUCGCGUAGAGGGCGCGCCGUCGUCCCCGAGCCGAGGCCAGCCACCCGCUAGGGUUUUCGCCGGCCAUGGACGAACUGCGGCGGGAGCAGCACCGCAUCGCCGGCCACCCCUACGCCUUCGAGGUGGGGUCCUACUUCCUCGCCGGCUACUACAGCGUCCUGGCCAGCACCCCGGAGCUGGCGCGCCAGUUCUACACGGACGGCAGCACCGUCGUGAGGGUCGACUGCCAGACCAUGGAGUCCCAGUUCGGGGAGACGGCCGAGGAAAUCAAUGAUAUAUUGAUGUCCAUGAAUGUUGAAAAGGUCGAGAUUAAAACGGCUAAUUUCUUGCAAUCAUGGGCUGGAGCCAUCACUCUGUUGGUUACUGGCCUAGUGCAAUUGAAAGGCUACCCUUCACGCAAGAGAUUCUCCCAGAGUAUCAUUCUUGCUCCUCAGAUCAAACCAGAUGGAUUUUAUGUAGACAGUGACAUCUUUCAGCUCAUCUGUGAUGAGUAUGAUGAGCAUUACCAAGUUGCUGAUUACGGUUAUGCUAACCAAUUUCCCCAGAUGGUUGCUCAUAAUACUAUGACCGAAACAGCAUCUGAUUAUGUGUCUGAAGAACUUGAAUUAAAGGGGUUUGCAGCUCCUGCUGAUUCCGACGAAAGGGGUAAUGGUAUUAUAUAUGAGAAUCAUGAAAUGCAGCAGCAAGAUCCUUUGGAAUUUGAGUCUGCAAUCAAUGGAGAAACUCAUUUUGAUGAUCCUGCUCCCUCCCUCCCUAGUUCGACAGACAUUAAACAGGAUGCAUCUCUUGCUCCUCCCCACCCUCCUUCCCCACCUACACCUGAAGAAGAGCCUGUGGGAGAACCGCCUAAGCAAACAUAUGCUUCAGUGCUGCGAGCAAAUGCUGGUCAUCAGGUUAUGCACUCCACUCAGGUUAACAGGGCUAUGCCAGGGACUGCAGAAUCACAGCUGGUUGGACAAACUCAGCCUGUGUCAGUGCAAGAAAAAUCCAACUUGGACACUCGUCAGGAUGUCAGUGUCCCUGAGGAUGAAGAAGAGUUCCUAUCAGUAUAUGUUGGUAAUCUUUCUCCAGCUACUUCAGUCUUCGAUCUUGAGAAGGUCUUUCAGGCUUUUGGAAAAAUUAAACCUGAUGGAGUUGCUAUACGUAGUCGCAAGGAGGCUGGAGUUUUCUUUGGCUUUGUGGAGUAUGAAAACAUGAGUGGCAUUCAGAAUGCGUUGGAUGCAUCUCCAAUCGAGUUGAAUGGGCGUCUGGUACAUGUUGAGGAGAGGAGGCCUGGCAGUGGAGUCUUUCGCGGCGGCGGAAGGCGAGGGCGGGGAAGAACAGCUGAUUUCUCAAGGGGGCAAUAUGGUGGGCGCUACGAUGGGGAUUACGCUGCACGGUCAAAGGGAAAUGGCUACCAACGGAGGGGCGGGCGCCAAUACGACGGCUACGAGUAGUCCAACACUCCUCUGCUGGCGAAUGGUCGCAUCCCGUUUGGUGCUCUCGAUCUGGUGCGGCCUGGCCAUAUUUUUGUCACAACAAAGCGCGAUUACCUGGAGAACUUGCGUUUUGCUUAGCUGCUAUCGAGCAUGACUCGUUUCUAGAUGGGAUUCUUUUAGCGUAUUUGCUACAUGAUCGUGUCGCCUAUCUGGUUUGAACGAAACCCGAGCUGCCAGUGGCAUGGAAAGAAAUGGAUCAGUGUUAUAUCGUCU